GGAAAAAUGUAUGAUGAUUAUGAUUUAUGCUCUGAUUUCAGGUGAUCUGGAAUUAGGAUGGUGCAUGUGAUAGACGCACACCAUUUUGGUGGUCAACAGGUGGUUACCAUUGACCACCCGCUCUCCAUCACAACUGGUCCAGAUAACAUUCUGUUUGUGGCAACAGCAGAUCACAGCCUUCAUAUACUGGAUAUCACCACUGGUGAGCCAGUGAAGCCGCCUUUCUCCACUGUGGACGCUGCUGUCAGCAUAUGCUACUCUCAAUAUGGCGACUAUGUGGCCGCCCUGGAGGCGAAGGAGGCACGCAACAGCCCCGACUUCUCUUACAUUCGCGUCUACCGGCACUGGUCGCAGCAGGAGCGGGCGCAGCCGAUGAGGGCGCGCAUUGCUGCGCGCGUGACGCCGCCCAGCUCCGGCGCCGAUCCCACCCUAGAGAUGAUAGAGGUUCCCAUCAACGAGCACGCCACGGCGAUCGCCUGCUGCCAGCGCACGGGGAAUCUGGCAGUGGCCUGCGGCUCACUGGUCACCGUACACCAGUUUGUACUCAAGGCACACGACAUCUCAAAGUUCCAGUUCGGUGACCUGGAGGAGGUGGUGCAACUGGAGCUGCCGUUCGAGGUCACCGAGCUCGCGCUGUGUGAGGAGCUGCUGCUGUGUGCCGGCGCCGACCGGCUCCAGCUGCUGAGGCUGCGCGCAGAGCCGGCGGCCGGCGCUUCCGGCUCUGAGCGGCCGAGGACCGAGGAUCCUCCCGAGGAGGACGGGGAGGAGGACCUGGAGGAGGACGACGAUCUGCAGAUAAUGACGUGGGACCCGGCGCUGCCGGCCGCUCGUCUGACCCUCCCGGCGCUCCACCGGCCGCUGCCGACUGCCGCCGACGCCGGGCCGGCGCCGCGCCUCCUGGUACCCGCCGGCCGGCCCCAGAUCAGCGCCGAGUCGCUGCUCUACUGGCGAGAGCCCGACGGCGAGAGCCUGGUGGGCGGCGCGCUGUGCCUCACACCGUUCUACCAGCGCGCCGAGACCGGCCUCACCAACGGACAGAGAGAGUCGGGCGCCGCCGGCGGCCUCCACUCUGCCGAGCGCGGCCUGCUCUCCGCCGUCUCUGUGUUCUUCUCGUCCUCCCACGAGGGCCGGCUGUACCUGGUGGCGCCUCUGCGGCCGGCCGACGGCCCGCCCGCCUACGCCGCCCUCGUGGGCAGCCACUCGUAUACGUCUCCGCUACUGCUGGCCGCCCGGGAGGCGCAUAUGCUGCACGCUGUUACACACACCGGACUCGAGAGCUACACUGUGCGCGACACGCGGCGCCUGAGUCGUCUGGAGCGGCCGACGGAGCCGUGCCCGGACCCGGCCGAGGCCGGUUUCCUGCUCGGGAUUCGGCCGUUCGUCAAUGUCACUCACAUGUGUGUCGGAGAUGGCGUGCUGGUUCUGGCCGCCUCCGGGCCGGAGGACAGUGACUCUGCCACUCUCUACCUACUGCGCCUGCCGCCGCCGGAGGAGCUGUACGCCGAGUGUGCGCGGCUGGGCGGCACACACGGCCACCACGCCCCGGCCAUGUGUCAGGCGCUGCUGGAGGAGGCGCACAUGGUUUUGCGGCCGGCCGUGAGGUGGCAGCUCGGUCGGCCGCCCUCCGACCGACUCAUUGCUGAGUAUAACAGCUCAGCGGCCAACGUCGGCUACUAUCUGCUGAGGUCGUCCAGUGAGCAGGACUGGCCACGCGCCACGCCCUGGCUCCAGCUGGCCGCCACCUCCGUCGAGGACGUCCUGACCCAGUGUGCCGAGGCGCCCGGUCUGGAGAGCUACCUGAGCAGCGCGCUGUCAGCCGCCGACGGGCCGCCGCUCUCCUACCAGACUGCCAACCAGGCGCUGUCGGUGCUGAGUUUCCGCGCCCCGGACGCGCUGGCCGGUGUGCUGCUGGCCGCCGGACCGCUGGUGGAGUUCCGCGCCGAGCCGCCGCUCGAGGCGCUCGAGCAGCUGCUGGAGGAGACGGAGCUGAGCGAGCCGGCCGCGCAGGCGGCCCGGCUGGCGGCGCUGCUGCUGCUGGCGCGCACCGGCGGAGGCACGGCCGAGCGGCGCGCGCCGCUGGCGCUGCUGGCCGACGGACGGCCCGACCUGCUGGCGGCUGGACUGGCGGCGCUGGCGGCCGCCGGUCGGCCGCCGCUGGCCGAGCUGACCGGCCUGCUGCUGGAGGCGGCGGACACCAGCGACCGGCGCGCCGCGCUCCGCUACGAGCUCCUCCUGCGGGACGUACUGGAGCGGCACCUCCAGGCGGGCGGCCGGCCGCAGCGCGCCGGCCAGGCGGUCACCCUGCUCGUCAGGAUGUACCUGGGCGGCACGGUGGGCGCGUUCCCGCCGGCGGGCGCGGCGCCGGCCACCGGUCCGGCCCUGGAGCGGCACCGGCUGGGCGCGCUGUACGGGCCGCGCGCCGCCUGGCUGAACCUGGUGCCACCGUUCGCGGGCCGCGCGCCGGCCCAGAUCCUGGCAGAUAUGGAGGCUGACCCGCGACUGGUCGACCUCGUCAUGCUGCAGUCGCUGCUGUGCUCGGACCUGCCGUCUGCCGAGGACAGGCGCCACAUCCGAGAGUUCCUCUCGGCCCACCCGUCGGCGGUGGGCCACGACGCGCUGCUGGCUCUCUGCUCCGAGCUGGCUGACGCCGCCGCGCUGCUGGCUGAAAAGUACCCCGAGGCGGCGCUCGAACACGCCAAGGAGCGGUGUCGGAGCCCGUCCGACUGGCGGACGGCCGUGCAGGCUCUGUCGGCCGCCCAGCAGACGGCCGAGCCGGACGGCGGCCAGCAGGGCGCGCUGGCCGCCCUGCUGGACCACCUGGCCAGCACGGUGCCACCCGACCAGCUGCGGCUGGUGCUGGCCGAGCGCGCCGACCAGCACGGCGCCGCCCUGCUGCGCUGCCACAACGUGCAGCGCGCUGACGUGGUGCGCGCAGAGGUAAUGCGCAUGGCCUGAUGGCCCGGCGGGCUCCCUUCGGCCCCGGAGCGGCCCUCUCAGGUCAACGGUCAGUCAGCGGGGACCUUUGGCGAGAAGGGUAUGGAACGGCGGUGUGCGGCGUCCCAUGAGUGCCCCCGGGUCUAUUGUCGGUGAUGAUCCGAGGCUGUGUCAGUUGAGAGAUAGCCUAUCCCACCUUACGUUGGUUGUUGCAUCUGGUCAGCGUGAAGUAAGUCGAAUGCGGGAUGAGUUCCUUUGCAUGCCAUAUACGACACAUGUAUUCGGGGUGCUGCAAUGAGCUUACUAUUCACCGCGAGUGAAUUACAUGCAUGUCAUGCAAUGGUCGCUUAAAUAUGUAAUGCUUUGUAUGUAUUCAUUAUUACUGCGCGCACAUGACAAUCUUAGCCUUCUCCUUGUCAAGCUCUGGUAGGGAGAAGGGGCCCAUGAGCUGUUUGGCGCUGUGAUUGGAUGACAUUGUAUCUACCGAUGGCGACAUCUCGGGAGGGCGCGUAUGGCCCACAGCGCCGCAGAAUCUCACAGGUUGGGGACGUAUUUGGUCCAGUAUAGAUACUCGAGCUCUUUAUAUGGAGUGUAUUGCUACAACAAAAGACAGUUUGUUCAGACUGCAUCAAUGGCGUAAAUAAAGCAUGUUUGUCUUUCU